AUGUCUCUCUCUUUCAAGAUAUUUCUUCUUUGUUUAGUUUGCUGUGCUUCUGGUUGCUUCGGAGAUGCAACACAAAUUUCAACAUUAGUUGUAGAUGGAUCCAAAGGUUCAGGGAGACAAAUUCCAGAUACAUUUUUUGGAGCAUUUUUUGAGGAGAUUAAUCAUGCUGGCGCAGGGGGAUUGUGGGCGGAACUUGUGAGGAACAGAGGAUUUGAGGCUGGAGGCCCCAGUGUUCCUUCGAAUAUUUAUCCCUGGUCAAUUAUUGGAAAUGAUUCAACCAUUCACGUAUCAACUGAUCGUACCUCUUGUUUUGAGCGUAACAAAGUUGCAUUACGUAUGGAGGUUCUUUGCAAUGGACCCAAAUCUUGCCCACCUGGUGGCGUUGGCAUCUCUAACCCUGGUUAUUGGGGCAUGAACAUCGAGAAGGGGCACAAGUACAGAGUAGUCUUCUUUGUUAGAGCACUUGGUCCAAUUGAUCUAGAUGUUUCAUUGGUGGGGUCGGAUAAUGGUGUGAAAUUGGCUUCAAAGAACAUCAAGGCAUUUGAACUUUAUGUUUCAACGUGGAGAAAGAUUGAGACCAUACUGGAAGCCAAGGAUACGAAUCAUAAUGCAAGUCUUCAAAUAACAACAAGCUCCAGAGGGGUUGUAUGGUUAGACCAAGUGUCAGCUAUGCCUAUGGACACAUACAAGGGUCAUGGUUUCCGGAAGGACCUAUUUCAAAUGGUGGCAGACCUCAAACCAAAAUUUUUCAGAUUCCCAGGGGGCUGUUACGUUGAAGGAGAAUAUCUAAGGAAUGCAUUUCGGUGGAAAGAAACAGUUGGGCCUUGGGAGGAGAGACCAGGACACUUUGAUGAUGUUUGGAAGUAUUGGACUGACGAUGGAUUUGGUUAUUUUGAGGGCCUCCAAUUGUCCGAGGACCUUGGUGCAUUGCCAGUCUGGGUUUUUAACGCUGGUCUCAGCCUUAACGAUGAAGUUAAUACAUCUGCCAUCGCACCUUUUGUGCAAGAAGCUCUAGAUGGUAUUGAGUUUGCAAGAGGUUCCCCGAAAUCAACAUGGGGAUCUCUCAGAGCUGCCAUGGGACAUCCUAAACCAUUUGACUUGAGAAUUGUUGCCAUUGGAAAUGAAAACUGUGGCAUGUUUAACUAUCAAGGAAACUAUCUCAAGUUCUACGCUGCUAUCAAAAGUGCUUAUCCAGAUAUGCAAAUUAUUUCAAAUUGUGAUGGUUCUCAAAACCCGUUAGAUCACCCGGCCGAUCUCUAUGAUUUCCAUAUUUAUACAAAUGCGAAGGACAUGUUUUCCAAGUAUACCAAGUUCGAUAACGCACCACGAUCUGGUCCAAAGGCGUUUGUUAGUGAAUAUGCUGUUUGGAAGAAAGAUGCUGGAGAUGGAAGCCUCUUGUCAGCUGUGGCUGAAGCUGCAUUCCUCAUUGGACUCGAAAAAAACAGUGAUGUCGUCCACAUGGUCAGCUAUGCACCACUCUUUGUAAACUCAAACAACAGGAUGUGGACACCAGAUGCAAUUGUUUUCGACUCUUAUCAGCACUAUGGAACUCCAAGUUAUUGGCUUCAACAUCUUUUUAUAGAAUCAAGUGGAGCAACUUUCCUCAAUUCAACACUUGAAACUUCUUCUAACUCUCUUGUGGCCUCUGCAAUUGAGUACACAUCUUCUCAAGAUAAGAAGAAUUACAUCAGAAUAAAGGUCGUAAACUUUGGAAGUGACACCGAGAAGUUUAGAAUUUCUAUAAAUGGAUUAAGUUCAAAAGUCCAGCAAUCCGGGUCCACAAAAAUAGUAUUAACAUCCUCUAAUGUAAUGGACGAAAACUCCUUUUCUCAGCCAAACAAGAUUGUGCCACAACGAGCUUCACUCGAAAAUGCAAGCGAGGACGUGAACGUCGAACUUCUUCCUUAUUCUGUUACAUCAUUUGAUCUAUUGACAAAGAGUACAUUUUUAAAAAUUAUAGCACAACGGUAUCGUUGGAAAAGCAGUGAGCGAAGACAAUGUAUUGGUGAAGCCACCACGCGCAUGAAUGCACCUGAGGCAGUGCAGUACCGUUGUUGA